AUGAGGAUGAAGAUGCUCAUUCUGAUAGCAUUUACCUUUGUUUCCGUGGUUAUCAAGGCUAGAUCUGAGUCUGAGCUCCUGUUCCAAAACGAUACCGUUUCAUCUGCUGCAAAGCCUCUCUUGGUUCCUCUCACUCUUAUUCAGGAAGCUGCUUCCAAAGGAGCCGUUUGUUUGGAUGGAACGUUGCCUGGUUACCACUUUCAUCCUGGUUUUGGAUCUGGAGCAAAUAGUUGGCUCAUUCAAUUGGAGGGAGGAGGAUGGUGUAAUACCAUAAAAAGUUGUGUGUUCAGAAAAACUACUCGUCGUGGUUCCUCAAAAUUCAUGGAAAAGCAACUAGCAUUCACAGGGAUAUUGAGCAAUAAAGCUGAAGAAAACCCCGAUUUCUUUAACUGGAACAGAGUUAAAGUACGGUACUGUGAUGGGGCAUCUUUUAGUGGAGAUAGUCAAAACAAGGCUGCAGACCUUCAAUUCCGAGGACAAAAGAUUUGGCAAGCUGCAAUGGAGGAAUUAUUGUCAAAGGGAAUGCAGAAGGCCAACCAGGCUCUUUUGUCUGGAUGCUCUGCAGGUGGUCUAGCAUCUAUAAUACAUUGUGAUGAGUUCCGGACCUUGUUUCCUAGAUCUACCAAAGUGAAAUGUUUGAGUGACGCAGGGCUUUUCCUUGAUGCAGUUGAUGUUUCUGGGGUUCGCACAAUGAGGAAUCUGUUUGGAGGUGUAGUUAACUUACAGGAAGUGCAAAAAAAUCUGCCAAAAAGUUGUCUCAACCAAUUGGACCCAACUUCGUGCUUUUUUCCUCAGAAUUUGGUGAACCAUGUUGAGACUCCAUUGUUUCUACUUAAUGCAGCUUAUGAUGCAUGGCAGGUCCAAGAAAGUUUGGUCCCUCCUUCAGCAGAUCCCCAUGGCUCUUGGCAUGAUUGUAAAUAUAAUCAUGCACGCUGUAACUCAUCUCAAAUUCAGUUCUUCCAAGACUUCAGAAAUCAAAUGCUAAACGAAGUCAAAGGCUCCUCAGGGGAGUCUCAAACUGGGUUAUUCAUCAAUUCUUGUUUUGCCCAUUGCCAGUCCGAAAGACAGGAUACUUGGUUUGCUGAUGACUCUCCACUUAUUAACAGGAUGCCAAUUGCAAUUGCUGUUGGAGACUGGUUUUUCGAUCGGAAAAUUGUCAAAGCUAUAGACUGUGCUUAUCCCUGUGACAAAACCUGCCACAAUCUAGUCUUCAAAGCUGGUAGAUCUACUGUGGUGGACUACCAGUCCUCAAGUGGUGAUGACACAUCUACCAUGACCAUGACAUAUUCUCGCUCCACCAGGCUGCCUUAUAGUGCUGGCCUAUAUAUGCUAAGUAUUUUAUUGUUAAUUAAUUGCUCCUAG